AUGAUCAGAGAUCUUGGUGAUAUUUGGUGUGUCUCACUCGGAUUUCUCCGUCUGAAUGGAAGUCUUAGACUCGUCGGUGGAUGGAGAGAAUCUAACGGCAUUGACCCAGUCGGUGUGCGAUUCCAAGGUGGCCAUACAUUGACCUUGAGUGUUCCACAGCUUAACAGACUUGUCUCUGGAAGCAGAAACAAUUUGUCUGGAGUUGGCGGCAAUGGAAACAGACAAGACAUCGGCAGUGUGACCAACAAAUCUACCAAGACAAGCACCAUCGUUGAGUCUCCAAAGUCUCAAGGUCUUAUCCCACGAGGCAGAAAUGGCAUACUCUCCGUCAGCAGAGAUGUCACAGUCCUGAACAAUGUGGGAGUGUCCCUUGAGGGCCUUCUUGGCCACACCAUAGUUGUUCUCGUCUCUGGUUAA